AUGCGUGGGAACCGCGCCCGUGCGACCCGGCGCAAGAUCCCAACACAUCCACUCCAGAUGAAGCUGGAGGAGAUCCCACCCACUGCCGACGACCACGCUCCACCGGACACGGAGGGCCGGAAUCUUAUCAAGGAUGAAGAGGGUAAUUUUCCCUGCACCCAGGUGAUCGAGAACACUAUUCUCAUCAGGUGGCGACAGCAACAUGGCCCAGCAGAAGCCAUCCCUUCAUACCUCGCGGGGGUCACUGAAUCCGCUUACGAGUUCAGAUUCUUGGGUGAUGAGCACCCGCCUGGGGUUGGACCUUCGAGCUUCAAAGUUGACGAGCUACCUCCGCUGAUCGGCCGUGCUCGUUUCUCCCUGGGAACCCGUUGGAAGUUCCUGAACCUCGAGGGGCGCACAUACUGGCAGCCCAGCGACCCUUAGGAAGGGUUGGAGGAACGAGCCAUUGAGAUCCCCCUUGUCGACCAUACUGGGGAUGACGCAAUUACUCUCGAACCAAGCCUCGAAGAGGCCGCAAACAAGAGAGCCUUGCCGUUGUCUCUUGUGCGCCGCCUGCUGGAUCUAGAGGCUUCCGUCACUGCCAUGGAGCUAUGCCAAUUCAGCCAAAGCUAUGAGACAUUCAAACCUCAUGAGCAUGGCCUCCAAGACAGGACCCAAGUAGACCGC